GGCUUUAGUAGUGUUUCUAAUUACCGACAGAAGAGGAUACGAGUCGCUCGGGGUUGAACUGAGAGCAGCAUCGCAAGAUUUCUCAUUGGUUAUGACGCCGUAGAGUGCGAGCCACGUUUAUUCGGAUGGAUGAGCAGCCUGGGCUUGGGGUCGCCAAGCCGUGAAGGGAUCCCUCGGCGGAUGCCCUUGAGAGCCGGCGGUUGGCCUAACCUGGCAGUUCGAUGUGCCGCCGCGGAAAUUUCGGAGGAAAAAGGCUGGUACUGCAGCAUAUUAAAUAUAGAUUGUUUUAAGUCUCAUCACAGUUUUUUCCUUCCAACUAGAAGAUACUGUUUUUAACUAUGCUGGACCUUGUAGGCAGAUCUGUUUUGAAGCUAUUGAAUGGAUCCAUCCUCACUGACCUGUGGAAGUACUUUUGAACAUGUGGUUUGUGAAAGUAGCCCUUUAAGAAAAGUAGCUUCAGCUAGAGGAUCCGGUCCGUUCACAUGACAAAUGAGGACUGCUUGUUGCUUCAGGAAUUUAAAAGCAAGCUUCCAGUCAGUGGCUGCAUCUUUUGCCUCUAAGAUUGUGAGCUAACCUCUUGGAACAAUUUCAAACUCCACCCCUUUUAUUAUAGGCACAUUGUUCUUCAUGUGGUGAAUAGGCUUGCUUUGUAUUGAGGGGCAGUGCUGUUGACAAGGCUUCUGUGUGCUUCGCUCACCGGCCGAGGGAGGGAGGAAGGGCAGGAAGACAAUGAGCCAGAAAGGGCUGAAUAUUUCAGCAACACCUUGGAUUUAGCCAUGAGCCAGCCGCCUAGUGGAGGCGGUGCUGCAACCUCCUCUCCUCGUUUGCUUCCUGAGGGCAGCAGCAGCCGAACUAAGCAGCAGCGUGCAUUCUCUCCGGGGAGACCCAAGGAGUCUCUUGUCCGCCAGCCUUUGCCAGCUGCCAAUUCAUCCCGCUUCACAACAGCAGCAGCUGCAGUUCCUGCCUCAAAAGCAAGCUCUACCCGGCAGCAGCUACUGCAGCAGUCACCAACAGGACAGAAAACUAGCCGGGUCAAGGGUGAAGGAGACAAGCUUCCCCCACAGGUUACGCCAACAAGGAGCUCAGUGCUGUUGGGAGCUGUCCAUGCUGGGGAUGGUGCUGAAGAGCAGCCAGCCUCAUUCCUGGUCUCGGCGGGAGUGUGUCCCAGGUCAAAUCCAGGGCCUGCAGCCGAAGUAAGAGAGGCACCUCCCAAAGACACCGAGCUUACAGGUCCUAGAGCUGGAGAGCAACAGCUUGUAUCUGGAGGGAAGGGGGAAAGGGUGGGCAGUUUUGUGCUUUCUCAGUUGCCAUCCAAGAGCUGGAACAGGGGUAAAACAAACAAGCCUUCACAGAAGAGUUCAGGAGAGGCAACUUCAUCAUCUUCAUCUUCUUGUGGUUCAGGGAAAGGCCAGGUUCUCUCAGUGAACAAUGGCAACUACUGGAAAGAAGGAUGCCUGCAAAGUGAGCUCAUUCAGUUUCAUCUCAGGAAAGGGUUAUCAGCAACGCAGAUGCAGAACAAAGGUAACAACAAAGCUAAUGGCAAUGGGGGCAGUUUGCCCUCCUCCACAUCCAUAGUGCUGCCUGCAAAUGAAAGUAGCAAUGGCCUCAGUGGAACUAUGGAAGGCAAUGUGACCCAGGAAUCCCAGCUUCAGCAGCAGGAGCUGCAGGAAGAGAUGGAGAAACUGGAGGAGGAGAAUGAAAACCUCAAGAAUGAAAUAGAUGAACUUAGAACUGAAAUGGAUGAGAUGAGGGACAGUUUUUUUGAAGAAGAUGCUUGCCAGCUUCAGGAAGCGCGCCACGAAUUGGAGAGAGCUAACAAAAACUGUAGGAUCCUUCAGUAUCGUCUUCGAAAAGCAGAGCGGAAGAAGCUACGCUACGCACAGACUGGAGAAAUUGAUGGAGAACUUCUCCGUAGUUUGGAACAGGAUUUAAAGGUUGCAAAAGAUGUUUCAGUAAGACUUCACCAUGAGUUGGAAAAUGUGGAAGAAAAACGCUCCACCACAGAAGAUGAAAACGAAAAGUUGAGGCAGCAGCUGAUAGAAGCUGAGAUUGCAAAGCAUGCUUUUCAGAAUGAAUUUGACAAAAUAAAAGAGUCCAUGAAAAGAAGAGGAAGCAAAGA